UCCGACUGCGGAAGGAAAUUAGAGCCUAUUAAACGGACCAAAACAGCAGGCGGGAGAAGGAAACUGUUCUCAGAAUAAUUUCAGCGGUUUAAUGCUUUAAGUUUUUGUGCUUUUUUUUCUACAACCGCCGGCAGGACACUCCACGGGGUUACGACUGAGAAGAUGCCUUAAAGCAAAAUGUCAUUUGUACGCAGCUUUCAGGAAGAAAACUGUUUCUGCACCGGGACCGAGUAGCAGCUGCGGACUCUGGGCUUUGUCUGGGGGGGAAAUGUGAUUCGUGAGUGCAGUUUAGCUUCUGUCGCAGUGUGGUUUGAUAUGGUGAGUGAGAACAAAAUGGAGGGUCAUAAGCUGCUGUUGUGCUGUGGGUAAGGUCUAGUGCUCAGCUUAGCAUGAACUGCAGGAUCGUUUCUGCCGCACAGAGGAGCGAAAAGAGCGCAGUGACAGAAGCACGGAGUCGCUGAUCAGUCCCCUAAGAGAUACGGGAUUUUAGCGACCAUAAUUCUGUUGUAAACAGAGUUCUGUUAUGAGAAAAAGCUGAAGGACAGGCAUUAAAAAGAUCAAAUACUGAAAGUACAUACGAGCGGGUAUUACAAAAUGACCGACUCAGGGGAUGCAGCAAGUGUUCCCGGCUUCUCCGGCCCGAGCAGCGGGGCUGGGCUGGGCAGAGGGCUCGCAGGCCGGGUCAGGACUCUGACCUCCCCGACUCCGCCCGGAAGACUGACUUCCCUCCGGACCAGGGACCUGACACUGGGGGGAGGCUUCAAAAAGACAAAGAAAACCUUUGAGCCUAAUGUCCACGCUGUCAGGAAGAGUAAAGAUGAGUUAAAGGAAGAGGUCCACAUGGCUCCAAAAAAAGAGAGAAGAGACAGGAAUGAGAGGCGGAGAGAGAACAGAGGGAGGAGGAAAGAGAGGCCUCAGACCAUCCAGUCCCACUCCAUCUUUGAACAGGGUCCUGCCGACAGCGUGCGCAAAACAGGCUGGCAUGGUGCUACAGACAUGCAGGACUCUGCCACCUCUCCUGUCUGCAAACUGCUGAGGAAAGAGACGAAUCAGGAAGAUGAAGAUGAGAUUCUCAGUAAACUACAGAGAGAUGAUUUCAUAGAUGAUCCAGGUCUGAGGAAUGAUGCGAAGCUGAAGCCCAUCCAGCUACCUCUGUGUCAGUCCAGCAGCUUCACCAUGAGUCACACUCUGACUUCCACAACAUGUCCAGAGAACCCCUCACCAUUCAGACCUCAGUCCUGUGGAGCUCAAGACAGAGCAGGGAGCAGCAGGACUGAGCCACCCAAACCAGAACAGCCGUCACUGGUAGAACUGCUGCGGGAUCUCAGCCUGUCCGGCAGAGAGGAGCUCUUCUUCAUGCAGCUACCUGACUGCAUGCCAUGCAGAGCAUCUGGACUGAAGGUCAACCCAGCUCCUGGGCCUACAGCAGAGACACCUGCAAAGAAGGAAGAAAAGCCUGAAGAAAAGAGGACCUCACAUUUUCAAGCACAAAAUUCUGUGAAAGAGGGCUGUCCUGUGCUCUCACAAUUCCCUGAAGGAUUUUUGGGUAAACUGCAGAUCAGGAAGUCAGGAAAGGUGGAGUUGAAGCUGGGUGACAUCAUCAUGGAUGUCUCAGAGGGAGCAGCAUUCUCCUUCCUGCAGCAACUGGUGUCUGUGCGUCUGUGUGAUGGGCGGACUGGCGAUAUGAUGGUGUUGGGGAACGUCCACCAUAAAUUGGUCUUAUCUCCAGACUUCCAGGCUUUACUGAGCCAAGCUGCAUCACAGCAGCCACAGGGCCCCUGAGGGCCUCCCCGCAGAGACCCAGCAAACGUGAACAGUACCCUCUAUAGGAAUAAAAACUGAUCGCACUAGACUAAACAUGUUGAAAGUGACUGUAAUACGACUGAGGGUUUUAAGGCAGCUGUGAAAGUCACCAUCAAGGUAACACAUUUUAUAUUUUUGUUCUCUAAAAGUUUUGAAAUAAAUAUUUUUAAAAAUCAAAA